AUGUUGAAAUUAAAUCAAGUUAUAGGUUAACAUUAAAGUGAAGUGAUUACUUUAAAUUUUAUAAAAUAAUCAAAUUAAUUGAUUUCUGGAGAUUGUGGAUCUAUUUUGAUUUGAUAAUAUAAUAAUCAUAAUAAUUAAUGGAUUUGUUCAUAAACUAUUAAAGGUCAUAGUAAUUGGAUUAGAUGCUUAAUUUUAAAUAAUAAUGAAGAUCUAUUUAUAUCCAGUAGUAAUGAUAAGACUAUUAAGUUUUGGUUUAAAAAGAAUGAAUGGAUCUGUUAAUAAACUAUUACAGAUCAUAGUAGUUAGGUCUAUCAAUUAAGUUUAAAUGACUAACAAAUGCAAGUUAUAUCUUGUGGAUAUGAUAUAUUGAUAUUAGUAAUAGAGUAAUCAGAACCUAAUAAAUAUUGGAAUGUAAAAUAAAAAAUACAAGUUGAUUGUAAAGGAUAUCGAUUAUGUUUUAUCAACGAUAAUCUAUUCGCAUUUUAACCUGAAAAUGGCAAUUUGAUGUAUGUUUAUUAGAUGAAUAGUUUAAGUAAAUAGUUCACUAAAUCAAAAGAUAUUACAAUAAAUUAAGGAAAGGAAGGUGGUGUAUUAUUUCCAUAAUAAUUUAUUCAAUAAAAAUAAUUAGUUGUUAAUAAGCAUGAUAAAUAUGUACAUUUUAAUAAGAUUUACAGAAAAUGCUGAAUUUAAAGUUGAGUAAUCUAUUUAAUUUGGAACAAAUUACAUAUAUGGAUAAUUGAGUGAUGAUGGAGAAUAUAUGAUUAAUUGGGAUUAGACAUCAAAUGAAAUGUAAAUAAGGAAAUUAAAAGAACAAUGA